AUGCUUUACCACCUGGUAUAUUUUUCAAGCACCCAGUUCACACCUGCAACAUUCACUCUUGUUGGCAUCCCAGGACUGGAGGCAGAACAUAUCUGGAUAUCCAUCCCCUUCUGUCUGAUGUACACUAUCAUCUUCCUGGGAAAUGGCAUCAUUCUUCACAUUAUCCGGAUUGACCCUGCCUUGCAUCAACCCAUGUACUAUUUUCUGGCCAUGCUGGCCUUUGUUGAGCUUGGUGUCUCUGCUUCCACCUUGCCCACUGUGCUAAGCAUCUUCCUCUUUGGCAUUAAUGAUAUCAGUUUUGGUGGUUGUCUCUUCCAGAUGUUUUCUAUGCACUCUUUUACCCUCAUGGAGUCUGGUGUCCUUCUGGCCAUGUCCGUGGACCGAUUUGUGGCCAUCUACAGCCCAUUGCACUACACAACCAUUCUAACAAUUCCUCGCAUCACUGGAAUGGGUGCCACCAUUGCCCUGAGAAGUGUCAUGCUUAUGCUCCCAUUACUCUUUCUCCUAAAGCGUCUGCCUUUCUGUGGUCACAAUGCCCUCACACACUCAUAUUGCCUCCACUCAGAUCUGAUCAAAUUGCCAUGUGGAGACACCCGCCCCAAUAGCAUCCUGGGUCUGUUUGUCAUCACUUCCACAUUUGGUUUUGACUCCUUGCUUAUUGUGGUUUCUUAUGUGUUGAUUCUUCGCACAGUACUGGGAAUAGCUUCUGGGGCAGGGCGGUGGAGGGCCCUCAAUACAUGCGUGUCACACAUCUGUGCCGUGCUGGUGUACUAUGUGCCCAUGAUUAGCCUCUCUUUGAUGCACCGUUUUGGACGCCAUUUGCCUCCACUCCUGCAGACUGUCAUGGCCAAUGCCUACCUCUUCUUCCCACCUGUGGUCAACCCCAUUGUCUAUAGUAUCAAAACCAAGGAAAUUCGCAAUAGCAUUGUUCGUACAUUCUCUAGAAAGAGAGGAGGGGUCUAA